GAAAUGGAUCCCAUGAUUUAAUGAUGAGCUGGGCUGAGUUUGCUCCUCAAUCUUCUUAUUUUCGUCGUUUGCUUCUUUGACAACUCAAGUUCCUGAUGUCCGAAGAGGGACAGAUUUCAGAACAGCGCUGAGUCCAGAAGCAACUGACUUCUACCUGCAUUUCUGUGGGACAGUCGAAGGAGAGCAGGGUAACCAUGCCCACUCUGCCAAACCUCAACAGCCUGGGAAAGCUGUGCAGCUCCAGCCGCAGUCACAGCGUCCACCGGGUCAACCGGGUUCGAGUGAAACGCAAGAGCUCAGUGAAGCGGAUGUCUAUCAUCGAGGAUGGACAUGUAGCUGAGGUGCUCUAUCUCAUUCCCAAACAGUACAUGGAGCAGUUUCCCUUCCUCAACCCAGAUGAUUAUUACCUCAGUGAGAGAUUGAAUGAUGUCACUACAGUGUCUCAUACCCAGGACACACACCACCACUCCAGCGAGAAGCCCCUGAUUCAGUGCUACAAGUGCGGGGAGCCAUGUAAGGGCGAGGUCCUCCGGGUGCAGAACAAACACUUUCACCUGAAGUGUUUCACCUGUAAAGUGUGCGGCUGUGACCUCGCCCAGGGGGGCUUCUUCAUGAAGAAUGGGGAAUAUCUUUGCAUGCUCGACUACCAACGCAUGCACGGCACCCGCUGCAACGGGUGCGGGGACUUUGUCGAGGGAGAAGUCGUCACUGCCCUGGGCAAAACUUACCAUCCUUCCUGCUUCGUCUGCACCAUCUGCAAACGACCGUUCCCGGCUGGAGACAGGGUGACCUUCAACGGGAAGGACUGCCUGUGUCAGUACUGCGUCGAGCCCAUGUCUCCUGGACCUAAGGACAUCCUGGGCUCCAGCAAUUGCUCAGGAUGUGGCCGCGACAUCAAGAACGGUCAGGCUCUUCUGGCGCUGGACAGACAGUGGCAUCUGGGCUGCUUUAAGUGUAAGGCCUGUGGCAAAGUGCUGACCGGGGAGUACAUCAGCAAGGAUGGCGCCCCCUACUGCGAGAAGGACUACCAGAUCCAUUUUGGAGUUCAGUGUGAGGCGUGUCAUCAGUUCAUCACGGGGAAGGUGUUAGAGGCAGGAGAUAAACACUACCACCCCAGCUGUGCGAGAUGCAGCAGGUGCAAUCAGAUGUUCACAGAGGGAGAAGAGAUGUAUCUGCAAGGCUCAACAGUGUGGCAUCCUGGGUGCAAGAACACCACCAGAACAGAGGAGAGACACAGAGAACGGCCUACGAGGUCGUCGUCUGAGAGCAUUUGUUCCAGACCUGGUUCAAGCAUACCUGGCUCACCGGGUCACACCAUCUAUGCAAAAGUAGACAAUGAGAUCCUUGAUUACAGAGACCUAGCUGCCAUUCCAAAAGUCAAAGCCAUUUAUGACAUUGAGCGCCCCGAUCUUAUCACGUACGAACCUAUGUACACAACCGCCCUGGACGAGAAAGAUGAGAGACGAGAGUGUGUGGGAGAGCUCCACUCUGCUAGACGGGAGCGUUCCCCGAUGCCCGAUGAUAAGUCGUCAAGAAACAUGUCGCCAACCCCAUCAGCUGAGAGUUUUUACGACAGGAGGGACCGCAUUCUCCAAAGAUCCACCAGUCAAGGCUCCAUAGGGUCCCCGGUGUAUAAUCGCCAUGGUUACACUCCCACCCUAUCACGAUCACCGCAGCAUUUUCACAGACCUGAAGCUCUGACAGGCAUGCAGAAGCUCUGCUCCUCCCUGUGCAGUAACAGUGUGGGCUCCAGAAAUAGUGACUCUCGUCCCACCUCCCCUUUCAGACACCACUUCCUGCCCCAUAGCCAAGGCCCCGACCCACCGAGUGGCCGGAGUUCCCCCCUGCCGCUCAGGCCCGACAGCCGGCCGGUCACCCCGCCUCUCUCUCAGACCCCUAAACAUUUCCACGUCCCAGAUCAGGGGAUCAACAUCUACAGAAAACCGCCCAUCUACAAACUUCACGAUACAGCUGCCGUAGCUCAGCAAAGCAAGUUUGGUGAGGACAUCAUCAGAUCCGCCACCUUCCCUGCUGCCCAUGCUCCCUCCCUGGAUGACAGCUCCCGGAGUGAGGGUGACUGUUGGCCCCACUCUCUCGCUGUUUUAGGUUCAGAAGGGAGGAGGCGGUCUAGAGAAGAGGAGGAGGAAGAGGCUUUGAAAAGAAAGCAACUUCAGGAAGAGCAUCUCAGUAAGAUUCAGUCUGGUCUGGGAAAACUCAUUCUGAAGGAGGAGAUGGAGAAAGAGCAGAUUAGGGAGCGGCAUGCUCGCAGCCUCUCUGCUCAGCGCUAUGAUCCCAAAAUGAACAACUGUGACGCAGAUCCAACGUCUCCAGCCAAGACCAACUCUCUGCCUGGUUAUGGACGGAACGGUCUGCAUCGGCCUCAGUCUACAGAUUUCACCCAGUACAACAGCUAUGGAGACAUGUGUGGUGGAGGAAGAGAGUUUCAGCACAUUAAGGAUGGCCGUGCAGCACUUGCAAGGAUGGACAGGGGAGUAUCUAUGCCUAAUAUGUUGGAACCAAAAGUGUAUCCCUAUGAAAUGCUCAUGAUAACCAGUAGAGGGAGAGCUAAACUGCCAAGGGAUGUGGACAGAACCAGACUGGAGCGCCACUUAGCACCCGAAACGUUCUUUGAGAUCUUUGGAAUGGAGAUCCAGGAGUUUGACAGGCUUCCCCUGUGGAAACGCAACGACAUGAAAAAGAAGGCCAAGCUCUUUUAGAUUUUUUAUUUUUUCUAAUUUAUAGCAUGCAUUAUUCUGUACAUACAAUCAGAUAGCACACAGUUGUAAUCUAGAUGUAGGUUCUGGGUUAUUUCCUUUUCUUUUUUUUGCUUAUGUCGUCUGGAUAUACCUGGGGAUUCCAAGAAAUGGACUGAUGUUGCGAUGAUGGACUUCAAUAAUGAAUGGAAAAUUCUUCCAUGUUCAAAAAUGACAAAGAAUGAUGAGAAGGGUCAAGUUUUAUUUGCUUUGACUGCACUUAUUUUACCUCCUGCUUUGCUUUAAGUGAAAAUCCUUCCUUUACUUUACUGCUUGUUUCUCCCUAUUUGUUGCUGUUGAUUCCCGUGGAACUUUGUAAUUACAGUAGACCAUCAUGGCACAGUCACAAAAAUGCCCAUGCCUGUAGCUCAAAAGUGUGUCAACUUUUUGUUUUGCUUGGGCUGAAACAGUUUUAGCCCAAAGGUUUCAAGAAUCGGCUCAGUGAGUCUUUUAAGAUACAAUACGAUGAGAAAAGCCUGUGGGAACACGGUGAGCACAUCCGCCAACUGUUUGACUGGAUCUACGUGGAAAUGAAUCCUCCAAUAGCCGGCAUAUCACCAGUCUUCUUCCCCGUGGCUUUCAUGCACACAAAUUGUUCAUCUGAAUGGACAAAAAAAUGUCUCUUUUCUCAGGCUCUCAUAAACAAAGUUAUACACCUUACCUUUACUUAUAUUGGAAGUAAGAAUCUUAUAUUUUAAGGCUGUUUCCAACAUAUAGUUACAUUCAAAUAGAUACGACCCCCUAUUUCAAGAAACGACUGUAUUUGAAAGUAUUGUUUUAUAAAUGAAAAAAAAAACACACUGCCAUUUGUUGUAUUGAAAUCUAAGCCAAUAAAGAUUUAAAUUGCCAUGAA